GAGCAGAAGCUUGGAUAUCUGGCAGCAGAAAAACAAGUAGUUGAGAACUAAGAAGAAGGAAAUGGCUUCCUCAAUGAUCUCCUCCCCAGCUGUUACCACCGUCAACCGUGCCGGUGCCGGCAUGGUUGCUCCAUUCACCGGCCUCAAAUCCAUGGCUGGCUUCCCCACGAGGAAGACCAACAAUGACAUUACCUCCAUUGCUAGCAACGGUGGAAGAGUACAAUGCAUGCAGGUGUGGCCACCAAUUGGCAAGAAGAAGUUCGAGACUCUUUCCUACUUGCCAGACCUCGAUGAUGCCCAAUUGGCAAAGGAAGUCGAAUACCUUCUAAGGAAAGGAUGGAUUCCUUGCUUGGAAUUCGAGUUGGAGCACGGUUUCGUGUACCGUGAGCACAACAGGUCACCUGGAUACUAUGAUGGACGCUACUGGACCAUGUGGAAGCUGCCUAUGUUUGGCUGCACUGAUGCUUCUCAGGUGUUGAAGGAGCUUCAAGAGGCUAAGACUGCAUACCCCAAUGGCUUCAUCCGUAUCAUUGGAUUUGACAACGUUCGCCAAGUGCAGUGCAUCAGCUUCAUCGCCUACAAGCCCCCAGGCUUCUAAGUCAUUGAAAAAUUUGCAAAGCAUCUGUAGCCACCCCACUUUGUUUGUUGUACUUAAACUACAUUCCCAUUUGUUUUUGCUUUAUGAGAUUUCAUCAUCCUGUAUUUUUGGUUUCUGUUUUCGGACUUCAAUGGAAAUUAAUGGAUGAGAACUAAUGAAUAAGCUAUUGUGUUGUGUUGCUUU